CAGCCAAUCCAGUCAAGAGCUCGCAUGUUUUUUGUUUUCGCCAGUUUUCGCAGCUCCUUGCUGGUGGCUUUUGCAGAUUGUGGAGCUUGAUCGUGUGCCUACGAGGGAGUGUAGCUGCUUGUAUUGAACUUUUAUCGGCGCAGCACAGUUGGCGAUUCGUAUGAUGCUGUGGUGAGAUGGGGGACAGCCACUGCCCGGACAUCGGGGGUCUGCCUGCGCCCCUGGGCCGCCCUUGUAGCCCAGCCGAGGAAACCACCGAGCCGGCCACCUACGGCGAACUCAACCACGUGGGCUGGCUGGCCGAGCACAUUGGCCGCCUCUGCCUGCAGCCCGAGUACAGCGACGUCACCCUGGUCGUGGAGGAUGUCCGGCUGCCCGCCCACCGGCUUGUGCUGGCUUCCUGCAGCAGUUACUUCCGGGCGCUGCUGUAUGGUGGCAUGCGAGAAUCAAAGGAGCAAGAGGUGACGCUGCAAGACACGCCCCUACGAGCCUUCCAGCUGCUUCUGCGCUACAUCUAUACGGGCCAGCUCAGGCUGGCCGGACUACAGGAGUGCGUGGUGCUGGAGGUGCUAGAGCUGGCACACCAGUACGGCUUCCUGGAGUUGGAGUCUGGGGUUUCGGCAUACCUGGAACGGGUGCUGGGUGUGCGCAAUGUGUGCCGCAUCUACGACCGCGCCUGUCUUUACCAGCUCGCACCCCUCGCACGAGCCUGCCGACGUUUUGCCGACCGCCACGCGCCUGCCAUCCUGCUGAGCGACUCAUUCCGCCAACUCUCACCGUCGGUGCUGGAGGAGAUGAUUGGGCGCGACUCCUUCUUUGCGCCCGAGGUGGACAUCUUCCAGGCGGUCUGUGCCUGGGCCAGUCACAACCCCACUGUAAAUCCUCGAAACAUCCUGGACAAGGUUCGUCUGCCGCUGCUGACGGUGCAGGAGCUUCUGAACGUGGUGCGCCCCACGGGCCUGGUGUGCCCCAACACCCUGCUGGAUGCGAUCAAGCUGCGCACCGAGACACGGGACGCCGACCGCCCUUACCGAGGAUGCCUGCUGCCGGGUGAGAAUGUGGCCACCCAGCUGCACGGGGCCCAGGUGCUGCAGGGGGAGAUGCGCUCUGCACUGCUAGACGGGGACACCCAGACGUACGACAUGGAGCGGGGCUUCACACGGCACCCCAUCGACGGGCAGCAGGGAAUCCUGGUCCGCCUGGGGGCCCCCUGCAUCCUCAACCACCUGCGGCUGCUGCUGUGGGACAAGGACAACCGGGCAUACUCGUACUACAUUGAGGUGUCGGUGGACCAGCAGGACUGGGUGCGUGUGGUGGACCACUCUCACUUCCUGUGCCGCUCCUGGCAGAGGCUGUACUUCAAGCCCCGAGUCGUCCAGUACAUCCACAUUGUGGGCACACACAACACAGUGAACCGCGUCUUCCAUGCGGUGUCCCUGGAGUGCAAACACGUUGCCUUGGAUACGGCCGAGGAGGAGGAGCCCUUUCCUGACCUGGAGGAAGGUCUGGUGGUGCCCCACGAGAACGUGGCCACCGUGGCACGCUCGGCGUACGUGGUGGAAGGGGUGAGCCGCAGCCGCAACGCGCUCAUCAACGGGGACACCUCCAAGUACGACUGGGACUCUGGCUACACCUGCCACCAGCUGGGCAAUGGUGCCAUUGUAGUGCAGCUGGCACAGCCAUACCGCGUUGACUCCAUGCGGCUCCUGCUGUGGGACUGCGACUCACGCCAGUACAGCUAUUACGUCGAGGUGUCUGUCGACCAGCAGAACUGGAACAUGGUGGCUGACAAGCGCAACGAGCUUUGCAGGUCAUGGCAGCUUCUGCGCUUCCCUCGACAACCUGUGGUGUUUAUCCGCAUCGUGGGCACCCACAACACUGCGAACGAGGUUUUCCACUGUGUCCACUUUGAGUGCCCAGCCCAAUGCCUGGAGACACCUGGUGCUACAGCCGCCGCAGCAGCAGCUGCAAAGCACACUAGUGGCACCAGUGAGCGGCGCAGUUCAUCAUCAUCGAGUCACGACAGCGAUGCUUCGCAGCAAAAACUACUUCAGCAUCCAUGAAUAGGGACAGACACAGUGACUGUUUAGGUGAAACAUUGUUUAGUGCAAGCUAUGUGUACAUACUGUGAAAAUGUGGGCGGGACAAGCACUGUUUUCUUUGACGGUAGCUUUUGAAGCCUGCGAAAGUGCCACGCAGUUGGCGUGCACAUUCCAAGCAGUGUAUAUCGAAUAAUGCCAUAUCAAGCGCACAUAUUUUCACUACAAAUGAACCCUAGAAAAUCCACUUUGGGUUCAAAUAAACCAAUGUGCAUAAUUGAUGCGGGCGGUAUCUCUCUGUUGAGAUUGCUGUGCUUCUAAUGAUCCUCGUGCUGUUGUAGCCCUACUUAAUCGAGAAUAUUUAUUGCAUUGUGUUGUGGAUCACACACGCACAUACAGGUAAAUGGCAUCUCCAUUGUUUUUGUGACAGAUGGAAACGGUGAUAGGUCCUGCCCGCCUUUUCUGUGUGCACGCAUCUGCUUUCGGCCCUCACCGCGGUUUCCUGAAGACGAACAGACUGUCUCAACUGCGAGUGCUGUCAAUGAUGUCUUUAGGCUCAUAUUGUUACCCUCUAGCCGUCAAUCUCAAUCUAGCCGUCAAUCUAGCCGUCAAUCACAAGAGCCCUUGAAAAGCGUGGCACGCUUUUCAAUUGCUCUUGUGAGAGCUGCAGAACUCAGUUGCCACCUUCAGAUGUGCCCUGUUUGCCGCAUUUAUGUGUCGCACAUUUCUUUAUUAUUAAGACUGUGGAUAUAUUAAUGAAACCAAAAAUUCAUCCUUGCAAGCGAGGAUCUCUCUCAAUAACCUGUCACACCUUGCGCAUUUCCAGUUAAAUUGCUUUAUUUUUGUUCCGCUAGUGCUUCACUGGAGGAGUUUGCAGUCGAAUAACACAAGAAUGAAGAUGCGCACAGUGCAGCAUUGUGUAUGUGUGCUUACUUGGGAGUGAGUCGACCACAUUUCACACACAGAGUGUGUCAAAGCUAGUGCUAGUGGAUAACACUACCAUUCAGGCAGUAGUGGCGAAGACAUGUGGAAAACGCAGAGUUAUUGCGAGGAUGUGACCUUGAAUUUUUGUCAUGAGCCGAGUGUGUCAUGUGGUGAUGGGGAAGCGGUCAGAAUGGGCACAAUAGUGACGCUGUGCCUUUGAGGUGUCACUAGCGCCUUCGCUGAGGCUCUCAUAUGACCGUGAUAUUACCAAUAACAUCAUGGUAGUAUCAGUGAUAUCACAUUCAUGUCACAGUUGGCUAAAAAAAUAAAUACUCCAGUGAACAUAGUGGGGACAAGUGCUUGUCACAUCCAGUUUUUCCAUUUAGUCUAUUUGUUUGCAAGUAUGUGCCGUAUUUACCCAUUUAAGACCUGCAAUAUUAUUAUUUUUAAAAAUCUUUGCAGGGCGUGGCUUUUGUGCGAUACGGGCAUAUGACAGCCCAAUACAACCACGGACGACAUUGCAUAUGGUGUACAGAAUAAUUCAAACAUUGGUUACAGACUUGCACUGACACUUAUUCAAGAUUCAGCAGUGCUGAUGAACUUCCGCUUCAUUCUUUGUUGCUCUCGAUGCUGCUCCUGUCAUCACUGGAGCUUGGCUACCCCAUCACUCUUAUGUCACAGUGAUAUUAGUGAUAUCACAGUCAUCAUAUCUCUCCCAAAGAUGGUCACCCUCAAUGCUGUUCAUACUUGGUGUUAGAUAUCCCUGUAACUUCACAACCUUUAGCAAUUGUAUCAACUGAUACCAAACACCAAGUGUUCAAAAUAUACACAUUUCUGGAACUUUCUUUUUUUUCUUCAAAAUUUGAAGCUUGAAAAAGUGUGGGGGAGUGGGUGGGGUGAAGGUCUUGCACAAGUUAAUAUGACACCAACUCGGUUGAGAUUCAUGACAGUCUCAGUGUGUCAUCAGUGCACGCACUCAACUAAGAAAAGGUUGGGUCAGGCACAGCCUUGAAGGAACAAAGACGUGUUAUGCAUGCAGUGGUAACCACCGGGGUCACAUUGGGCAGACAGUUUUUGGACACUGGUGGUGUCUGAAGUGUUCAACACAGUUGAGAAUAGGGAAAGUUUGACAGCGGGCUAUUUGGUUGAGCAAACUAAAGUUUGGCAGAUCAGUUCUGCGGAAUCCCGCAAAGGGGAGGAAGUAUCAUGAAAGGGUAAAAUUGUCAUCCACCCAAAUGUAGCAGGAAACUACAAAGGAAAUACGUACGGAUUUCACAGAAAGAAUGCUUCGCAGUUGAGGAAAAAAUUGUUCUGGUCUGGGAUUCCUAGACUGGUCCAUCGCGGAGCAGGACAAAUUUUUCCUCAGCUACGACGCGUUAUGUCUGAGAAACGCGUUUGGGUUUCCUUUGUAGCUUCAUGCAUGCUACAUUUGGGUGGAUGACAAUUUUUCCCUUUCAAACUAAAGUUUGCAUGCAAAAAGCAUUGAGAGGACCGGAUUGGAACAAGUACAAAAAAGGGUGACACACUGCAUCUUGUAGUGGGAAACACCAUUAGAAACAAGCAAUCAGGCACACACAGCACUGUGUGGUGUGUGUGCCUGAGCUGGUGGUCUGUUUGACAAACGGAGAUAUGUAUGUAUACAAGAAAAUGUCUGUAAGGAACGAAGAUGGAAAAUAGCCAACAUGACAUCCAAUGCAAGCAUCCAAUGCUGCGAGUUGUGAAGGUUUCUGUGAGAGUCGGGCACCACACGAGGCAAGAGCUACGGCCGGCUGGCAACUUACGCAUACUGCAUCUGUCACGUGAGCAAACUCAAGGUAUUUGUGAACAAAAGAAAAAAAGAUGUAAGGAUGACAAACUACCCAAGUAAACAAGUAGUAACCGAAAAGAGAAGAGAAAUGAAGGUAAAGUUGGCAGCUUGUGCAAGAAUGGAAAAGUAGGUUAGAAAAGGUCAGCAAAAGGUCAGUGAACCACUGCCAUGUUCUAAUUGCUAAGGGAUUCGAAGAACUGCUAUGAUGUAUCUUCCCUUCUUCCCGCCUUUUUUUAAAAAAUAUAUUUUCGUUCAUCAAGCAAACCACGAGUUGAUAGUCAGCACUCAUGUUGCGUGUGUCUCAGUACACGUUUCUUGUGCUGUUUUCACACUACAAGAUACACAAACGCAAGACAACAAGUGCACUUGCUCCAGUCUGGUGCUUUCAUUGUUUUUUGCGCAAGAACUUUAGUACGGCCGAGAUUAACAUCUGCAGUCUGGAAGAUACAUGAUGUCGAGGCAUGUUGCUCUGUGCAGGGCAUUUUGGACUUUCUGAGUUCAUUGCGACUGUGUAGCAGAGCAUGGAGCCCUAAGCUCCAAGCAUAAAGAAAGCAAGGCCAUGUGAGUAAGUGCCCCACCCAGGGCCUAUGGCAGUCAAACUGCAAAAAGUCAAGCCAUCGUCGUGCCACUGUGUGGUUACACGCCACCAGCUGAACUGGAACAGUUUGUUGUGGGAUUUAGUAUGUGAAAGCUUUGUAAAAUGCUUGGUGCCACUGUAGGAGAAAUUUACUGUGAUCUCUUAUGUUAGGGUUUACUAUGGUGACACUUUAGAAGAACCUUAAUAAAGAAGUGCCGACAUGUCACUUUUGAUUCGUCAUUGUUUCGUGUUAAUUGAAGAUCCAAACCCUCUAAGCCCUAGAAAAAUAUUGGGAAGUGUUGGGGGCAUUGCAAAUAAUUUGCUACAAUGCUUGCUUGCUUCAAACCAGUGUCAGUUUUGGUAUCCAGAAAGUGGAUUCAUCGUGAAGCAUUGGUUCACUCUAUUCUUGAGACUGUUGUGGCCGCAUACUUGCCAAAUUUUACGAAUUUAUUGUAAAAUGGCAGAUUUCUAGAGGUUGGUUACAAUGGUCACAUCAACGCCAGUAAUUUUACGAUUCAUUAUUUGUGGCCUACUUAGGGCAAAACUGAUUAACAUAAUGCAAAUAUGGUCAUCGAGCGAUUUUUCAGAGGCUGAUGUCUUGGACACGCUCAAUUGUUUCAACCUCUUGGCAGCCUCGCCACCAAUAGAAUUGCAGGUCAAAUUUUGGCUGCCAUUACAUUUUUCACAAAUACAUAUUAUAAUUUAUAUUAUACAAUAAUUUGGGCAAGUUGGUGCAUGGCUUUAAGUAUCAUGUCCUAGCUCCUAUUGUCCCUUUUGUGUUUCCUGUGAUCACUUUGCACCACAUAUCUUUUGUUAAAUAUAUUAUGAACAUUUUUGUUUAUCUGCGAUGCAGAUAACAUUUGCUGCAAAUAUAGAGCAGUGUAUCGUCCCGCAGUGUCUCAAGAUAACAAAAGUAAGGUAAUUUUAAUAAACAGUGCAUGCCAUGCAUAAAAAACAAUCUUUAGUACUUUUCACCAGAUUGUGCGUUCUGGCUUUGGUGGUACCAUUUUUGACAUUUUACGAUUCGCAGGUCUGUGGCUGCCACUAGCGAAAUAAUCUAGAAGACAGGCAUAGCACUCCUCUUAAGGUUUUCAUGAGCAGUGCCAUGAUAUUGCUACUACACGUCAGCAAAUGUUGCUGUGUUGCGAACAUGAAGGAUCGGUAUCCAAGGGGCUCAGUUUUUUGUUAUUCACAAUGGUAUAAAAAAGAGAAUGAAACCAAAGAAAUCAUAAGGCAAAUUAAUUGUUACGUUUUAAUUUAAAUGGAGAAAUAUAUUAAGGUAAAGGGAAAUAAAAGAGGACAAGAAGAUAUCUUGCCGCACGGGGGAUCCAAACCCACAUGCUCUGCAUCGUGUGUACCCUGCAAUUAAACUACCCUGGUGGCCAUUCUCUCGUCCACUUUUUUUGGCAUUUGUGUUUGGGAACAAGAUUAACCCUGAAAGCUUUCGCCAGCGCCGCUCACGGCCGAGGCAGCGGACGUUGAACAUCCUUUUUUAACCGCAGCCGUCACGUUGUGCAGGCAACGGGCCUCAAUAAUUUAUGGGGACACUAGGGAGACAUUUUGAGACGAUCUCGGUGUCAAAUUUAAAUAUCUUGUUUCCCAACUUUCACACUCGCCAAGUCUUUUUAUCUGCAGUCGUCUGGUGUGGUGCUACAUUGUGCCGUGCAAAUAGUACGAGCAUGGCAGGCUACUGAGCGAGCCGGAAUUAGCACUAUAACGUCGCAAUGUUAUGCUCCCAUGUGGCCACCUGCUGUGUCGUGACGCACUUCCUGGAAAUGAAACUGAAACUGGUUCACGGAAAAACCUGCCAACUCUCACAAAUUUUUUAUAAGGUUUAGUCAUUUCGGCUUGUAUUAUGAUUUUAUGAAUGUUGCAUCAAGUUUUACGAAAAAUAAAUUCUGUUUGCAAACAAAACUUUCUAUUGCAACUCGUUCUGAGGAUUCAAGAGUGGUACUUGUUCUUGAGCAAGUGUUAUGCAAAUGAGUUCCUUAAACAGGCGAAAUCGGCAGCACCAAAGUUGCUCAAAAUUAUCACUGUGAUCUAAAUAUGAUGCAUUUCCUGUGAGUAUUUGGUAUACCAUAUUUGUUACUGCUGGUAUGCUGCAUCUAAAGGUUAAUAAUCUUUUUUUUUUUUUCACCUUGUUUCUCGUGUCUGUGGCAUUUUACGAAAUUUAAAGCUUGCAGGUUGGCAGGUAUGGAAAAAACUAUUUAGUAAAUUAUUUAGGGUGCGCUGAAGCUUGCCAUUAUUUUCUUCUAGGGUUUCAAGGUCAAGGACUUUGAUUUUACUCACAGAAAUGUAGAAAACUUUAUGCCGGCACUCCUCUAAGCUUAACAUGCAUGACUCAAAAGUAACGCCAUUGAGUUCAGAGAGCUGCAUUGCUAGAGUUCAGCUCACUUCCGAUCUCUGAAAUGCUUUGUGAAGUGUGCUGAGAGAGUUCCCUUGUGUUGUAUAAGUGUGCUGGCCUCUGCUAAGGCUUGUUGUGUCAACCGAUAGCAGCUGUUGGGCUGAAACACAAAUUGUGUUCGCAAUUGAAGAAAAUUUUGUGAAUAGUUUUUGUAGGUGCCCUUGGCAAGUGGUUCGGCUUUUGCAGCAGUCAUGUUUAGCGUUUCAUAUAUAAGAAGUUUGAUUCUCUUACUUAUUUCAAUUUCUGACCUACUGGUUACGAGUUCAAGUUGGUAUUAUCCUAGUAAAAGCCACUCCUUGUGGCAACCCAUUUUUCUUGUCCUCUAUUUCUUUUUGUAGGCAGGUUUUUAAAUUGAAACUACGGUAAAUAUGCGCCGAUUUCUUUUUAUUAAAAAUGUAAAUGUUCAAUCUGGAUUCUGCAUUAUGGGAACUAAAUGAACUGUAAUAAAUGUAUAAUAGGUGAAUAAACCUUGUUUCUUUUUUAGGUCAUUAAUAGGGUACCUUUAUUUUUAGUCAUCUUGCCAAUGCUUCCGAUGGAUUUUUCUGGUGACAGAUGUGGUCUUGAAUUGCGUUAAUGGGCAUUUCUUUUGCUAGUAGUGAACUUGUUUGCAAAGGUGCUGUAUUUAGCAACGUAUGGCUGGGUAAUGUAGUUAUUUUUACUGAGUGCUUUGGAUACCAAGAUUGACUUUCCAGAGUCAAUGAGCCACAGAACAAUUGCCCCUGUGCCUCAAACCAGUCUGUCUGUGGAGUGGUAUAAGACACGUGUCAGUUUUCUAGACAACAGUUGUGACUCGGACUGAUGUAACCAGAAUGCUUGAAAUGUGUUAAAUGUGCUAUGCAUGAAUAAUUGACAGAACAUCUCUUUAAACAAGCAACGCGUCUAUGCAACCAUAGGCAAUGUAAACCUGACCGUUGUAAUCGAUGUGUCAUGUAAUUACAAACCUUUCAACAGUUUGGGCAUGUGCUAGGGAAUAGCUGUUGUCAACCCUAGGAUGAUUGUGAAAAGGGCCUUGUGGAUCGUGAUCACUAUGUUGUGCGUGGGUAAACUAUGUUAGUGAUGAUACUUGUCUGUGUGAAAAGAGUUUGUUUGAUAAUAAAUUGUUUAAUUCACCAUUUUAUAAAA